AUGCACAUCACUACCAUCGCGUCCGCGCUUCUUCUGCCGCUCCUCGCCGUCGUCGACGCGCAGGCGGCCACCACCCAGACUGCCGUGAGCACGCUGACUCAGACCGUCACGCUCAAGCGCAUCGUUGCGACGACGACCGCCAUCUGGACGCAGUCGGCCAACAGCACCAGCUCAUACGUCGCCUCCACUAUCAGCACUAGCACCGGCACCGGCACCGCCAUCGUCAGCAGCGCCGCCAACGGCACCGCCAACGGCACCGCCAGCUUCUACGCCUCUUCGGCAACCCCAACUGUCAACCUUGCAUCCAGCUCCACCUCUGGUGCUGCGGCAGUCGCUACGACCUCAAUCAAGAGCGGUGCUGCUUCUGCACAUAACGCUGCCUCCAUCAUGGGUGCCGCCUUCGUUGGUGUUGCAGGUAUGGCCGUGGCUGCUUUGCUAUAG